AUGUCAGGGUCUCAGUGCUGUUCAAACCCACCAAUCCUUGACCCCACUGCAGGAAGUGGUGGGCAUGUCCAGAAAGUGGGUGGUGUUGACUCCUAUGUCACUGCUUCUCCUCACUCUAAACUCGCCGUUCUAUUGAUCUCCGAUGUUUUCGGUACUUCAUCUAUGAAACUUGCUGACAAAGUUGCGGCUGCUGGAUAUUAUGUGGUUGUUCCUGACCUAUUGGAGGGUGAACCCUUUAAGCCGGACGAUUCUUUGGGUAAAUUACAUGUUUGGUUAAAAGAUCAUGGACCCGUGGAGAAAGGUGCUGAAGGUUCAAAACCCGUAAUUGAAGCCUUAAAAAGUAAAGGUGUUUCAGCUAUUGCUGGUGUUGGUUUUUGUUGGGGUGCUAAGGUCGCGGUUGAACUUGCGAAAUCCCGACUUAUCCAAACUGCGGUGCUAUUGCACCCAUCAUUUGUCUCCGUGGAUGACAUCAAGGGUGUUGAUAUUCCAAUUGCUAUACUUGGAGCCGAGAUUGACGAAUAUUCUCCUCCAGAGCUUGUGAAACAAUUUGAACAAGUCCUAGCUGCUAAAUCGGGGGUUGCCAAUUUUGUUAAAAUAUUUCCCAAAGCACCACACGGUUGGGCUGUCAGAUACAACAGUGAAGAUGCAGAAGCUGUAAAGGCGGCAGAGGAGGCUCACCAGGAUUUGCUGGAUUGGCUUGCUAAACAUCUUAAGUCAGAAUCUAGUUAA